UGUAGUGAUUAGGGUGCCGCUGCGGCCGCCCUCCUUUGUCCCAUAAUGGCGGCUGCGAGGCUCCGCACCGGACUCCGCCGCAAUAGCCCUCUGCCCUUGUUCGAAACCUGCCACCUUCCAGAUCGCCUCUUCUUCUCCUCCUCUGUCGACGCUGCCACCGUCACCGUAGGCGGCACCAUGUCUCCAGAUCCCCACUUCAUGGUGGAAUACCUCGUCAACUCCUGUGGGUUCUCCCCCUCCGAGGCAGCCAAGUUCUCUAAACCCCUUGCGCGCCUCCGAUCCACCGAGAAUCCCGACGCCGUAGUUAACUUCAUGAGAUCUCAGGGCUUCGAUGGCGCCGGUAUCAGGAAGGUGAUAUCUCGGAAUCCCAGUCACCUAUGCGUGAACGUGGAGAAGAACUUGGCCCCGAAGUUUCAGUUCUUACGCGAUUUGGGCCUAUCGGAGUCGGAUAUCGCCGAUGCCAUCCUGAAGAACGAUUUCAUCCUGCGCCUCGACGUUCACCGUUCCUUGAUCCCCAAAUUGGAGAUGUGGGAAAGUCUCUUGGGAUCGAGAGAGCUCGUUCUCAAGCAUCUCAAGAAGACAAGAUGGUUUUUCUCCUCCAGCGUUGAGAAGACGUUGCAUCCUAACCUAAAGUUCUUGAGGGAUGAGUGCGGCAUUCCUGAAGAAAGGGUCUCUGUCGUCUUGAGAAGUCACCCACAAUUAAUCUCACGGAAGCCAGAGUCUCUCCGAGCUUUGGUGGCGAGAGCCGAUGAGCUGGGGAUGCCACGGCAAUCUCGGAUGUUCGUGCGGACACUUGAUGCUCUCUUCAUGGUAAGCAAAGAAAGGUUCGAGGCCAAGGUCGAGCUCAUGAGGAGCUUCGGGUGGUCGGAGUCGGAGUUUUCUUCUGUAGUCAGGAAAGUACCCACCUUCUUAUGCAUCUCCCUCGAUAUGAUGCGCAGAAAAAUGGAAUUUUUUAUCAAUGUAGUCGGGUACACCCCUUCCUUCAUCGCCUCCCAACCAACUAUCUUGCUAUAUAGUCUGCAGAAGAGGGUCAUUCCUCGGUUUCAUGUGACGGAGAUGUUGAAAUCGAAAGGAUUGUGGACUGGACAAUGCAAGUUUUUAUGGAUUCUCAUAAUGUCAGAUACCAAAUUCAUGGAGAAGUUUGUUCUCCCUCACAAAGAAAAUGUCCCUGAGCUGCUUGAUAUUAUGAGAGUUGCUGGCGCGUGUAAAAGAAAUGAUACCUUUCAUUUGGCAUCGGAGGAUGAGAAAGGGCUUAACUGAUUGUCUGAUUUGUGACGACGAAGUGGCUUCAAUGGAAUUUGAAAGACCAGUUGCACUGGGUUGAUCAGGAGUCACCAGCUCUUCUGAAAUGUCUUCAACCUCCUUUGGAAUUGCUAAAGCUUUUCUCGCAUCAACAAACUCUUGCAGCUCUUCUGCUCGUCCACUCUUUGUGAUUCCAGCUUCUGCUCUACCCGAAAGCCUUCGGAAGGCUAAGAGAAUUGCGAUGAUUCGCUGGUUCCUUAAGAAUAUUUUGGAUGACAUCUUAUCUCUCUGUUCAAGUCUUUAUGUUGUCGAUGUGGUCUAUGUUUCCCGGCGUCAUGAAUGACGUGGCUCGUCCGCUAGUCAAUUUUGGGGGAACUGUAAAUUCUUUCCGUUUUUUUUUCCUCUUCUAAUGAUGGAUAAGUGUUGCUUAAUCCACUUUAACCUUUAAUGAAAUUUCUCCUUUUUUUCAUUAAAAGAAAAAAACUCUUAGCAUGCA